AUGGUGCUUUAUGGUUACGAUGCAUCCGUGUUCAACUCGGUGCAGGGCUCCGACAACUGGAUGACGUGGUUCAAUGAGCCCAACGAUGCGACAAUCGGCUCCGUGAACACGGCGUACACUGUCGGAGCCAUUUUUGGAGGUUUCUUCCUGGGCGGUCCUGUGUCCGACUACCUCGGCCGUAAGGUUGCAAUGGGCACAGGCUGUGCUCUGGUUAUCAUUGCGACAUUCAUGCAGACCUUUGCUCCCUACCACAGCCUGGCUUGUUUCCUUGCUGGAAGAUGUAUUAUUGGUAUUGGUCAAGGCAUUGCCUUGACUGCUGGCCCCAUCUAUAUCGGCGAACUGGCGCCAGCACAGAUCCGUGGCAAGAUCAUGACCUUCUGGCAGAUGUUUUACUCUGUGGGAUCGUUUAUCUGCUUCUGGAUCGCCUAUGCCUGCACAAAGAAUGUGGACAAGCUGGGAAAUUGGGACUGGAAGUUGGUCGUUAUCUUCCAGCUCCUGGUCCCCGUCUUAAUCCUUAUUCUUCUGCCGACUAUUCCUGGAAGUCCGCGAUGGUUCAUCCAGCAUGGCAACCAAAUUGAAAAGGCUCGUUCUGCUCUCCGCAGAGUCCGAGACUCCGAGGAAGAGGUUGAGCAAGAGCUGUUGAUGAUCCGCGAAGCUCUCGAGUAUGAGAAAGAGGCCAUUUCAAGCAACUAUUCCGCGCUCUGGAAAGACAAGUCACUGCGCAAACGCAUGAUGCUUGCACUGGUUAUCAACGCCGGUCAGCAGCUCACGGGUCAAGGGUCGUUGAACUCAUACUCCACCAAGAUCUACGAGAAGAUUUUCACCGAAGCGAGCCAGAUUUCGCUGAUCAAUGCUCUCAACGCCACGUUUGGUAUUCUUUUCACCCUCAACGCCGUGUGGAUCGUCGACAGGUUUGGUCGCAAACCCCUGCUCAUUAUCGGUGGUAUUGGAAUGGGUAUCUGCAUGAUCAUUGCUGCGGCUGUUGAGACUGAAACUCCGACGCUUCCUAGUGGCGCCAAGUCGGAGCCUGUUGGAAUUUCGAUUGUGUUCCUCAUGUUCCUCUUUAUAUUAUUCUACAAACCGUCAUGGGGAGCCACCGUCUGGAUCUGGACUUCUGAAGUCUUCUCGAUGAACGUCCGCGCUCAGGCCGUGGGCAUGGCCUCGCAAACACAGAAUGUCGCCAACACCAUCUUCCAGCAGUUCUUCCCAAUCUUCAUCGACAACGAAGGCUUCUACGCGUUCUACCUGUUCGCGGGAAUCAACUUCCUCCUUGCUCUCUUCGUGUGGUUCUUCAUCCCGGAGACUAAGCAGGUCACCCUCGAGGAGAUUGACGCUCUCUUCGGCGGCGCCAACCACGUCACGCAGGGUGAGGAGGUUCUCGCGCACCAAAAGGCAGCGCAGCUUGGCCACGGCAGCCACGACAAGGCGGAUACCGUUAAUGUGGAGAAUGUCGAGUUACGUUGA